GUCUACCUAACAUGGCUAACUCGCUCCAGUAGCACUGGUAGCAACUUGAGAAAAGCCGUCAAGCUUAGUCAAAUUCAACGCUGGUAUCAAAUUCCCCAGACUUUUUAACACAUUUGGUGUUUAUUGGACCUUCUGUCGUUUUACUACGACUGCGGGGCGUCGGAGUUUCACACUUGAGCUGGCUUCAUCUGGUGACACUUUUGUUGUAAAGGGGCUCCACCGAGCAGGGGCUCAUAGUGUAGCAAUAGGUCCCACAUCUUGUGUACGGAGUUCUCUGGAGACUUCUAGGUUGUCCGGCCAAGAUGUCCUCCAUCUUGCCUUUUACCCCUCCUGUAGUCAAGAGGCUUUUGGGCUGGAAGAAAUCUACCAAUGUACCAGGUGGAGCAGGUGGGGGAGAACAGAAUGGCCAGGAGGAAAAAUGGUGCGAGAAGGCCGUGAAGAGUUUAGUCAAGAAGCUCAAGAAGACAGGGCAGCUCGAUGAGCUAGAGAAGGCCAUCACUACGCAGAACUGCAACACCAAGUGUGUCACCAUCCCCAGCAAUUGCUCAGAGAUAUGGGGACUGAGUACACCAAAUACGAUAGAACAGUGGGAUACAUCAGGCUUUUACAGCUAUUCCGACCAAACAAGAUCCCUUGAUGGCCGCUUGCAGGCCUCCCACAGGAAGGGGCUCCCCCAUGUUAUCUAUUGCCGUUUGUGGCGGUGGCCAGACCUUCACAGCCACCAUGAACUACGUGCUAUCGAGGCCUGUGAGUAUGCCUUUCACCUCAAGAAGGAUGAGGUCUGCAUCAACCCCUACCAUUAUCAGAGGGUCGAGACCCCAGUUCUGCCUCCAGUUCUUGUGCCAAGACACUCUGAAAUUCUGACAGAGCUGCCACCUCUGGACGACUACACCCAUUCCAUACCUGAGAACACAAACUUUCCUGCAGGAAUUGAUCCUCCAAAUAACUAUAUACCAGAAACUCCUCCGCCUGGCUACAUCAGUGAGGAUGGGGAGGCCAGUGAUCAACAGAUGAAUCAAAGCAUGGAUACAGGUUCACCAGCAGAGAUGUCUCCCAGCACUCUGUCACCUGUCAAUCACAGCAUGGACUUACAACCGGUGACUUACUCGGAACCGGCCUUUUGGUGCUCAAUAGCGUACUAUGAGCUUAACCAACGUGUAGGAGAGACGUUCCAUGCCUCACAGCCCUCGUUGACGGUGGAUGGAUUUACAGACCCCUCAAACUCUGAGCGAUUCUGCUUGGGUUUGCUCUCAAAUGUCAACAGGAAUGCCACUGUGGAGAUGACGCGAAGGCAUAUAGGAAGAGGAGUUAGGCUCUACUACAUUGGCGGGGAAGUGUUUGCUGAAUGUCUAAGUGAUAGCGCCAUUUUCGUCCAGAGUCCAAACUGCAAUCAGCGGUAUGGAUGGCAUCCAGCAACAGUGUGUAAAAUUCCGCCAGGUUGUAAUUUAAAAAUCUUUAACAAUCAGGAGUUUGCUGCUCUGCUGGCCCAGUCCGUUAACCAAGGCUUUGAAGCAGUAUACCAACUCACUAGGAUGUGCACCAUCCGCAUGAGCUUUGUCAAAGGUUGGGGAGCAGAAUACAGAAGGCAGACUGUCACAAGCACUCCAUGCUGGAUCGAGUUGCAUUUGAAUGGUCCUCUACAAUGGCUAGACAAAGUGCUGACCCAGAUGGGGUCCCCUUCUGCACGCUGUUCCAGUAUGUCUUAAACAGCAACGGAACCCAACACUCCCUAAAAAGAAAAUGAUUACAAAGAAAAUUCAGUCCCAUCAUGGAAAUCCCAGCAAAACUAUAUUUUUUCAUUUCCUAGUAUUUGUGAUCCUGCUCUACUUACCUCAAAACAACACACACCCUAUACAAAAGUACAGACUACAGUAAAGAAUUUGGCACUUUGUUAGUCAUUUUUGUCAUGCACCUUUUUAAAUUGCUUUACCCCAAAUCAUUUAUUGAUAUAAGAUCUAUUUGUGGUAUAAAUGAAAUGUAUAAAAAAAAAAAAAAAUGUCCAGGAAGUAGGGAGAAUACCAAAAAUGUCAGACUUGGAAUAUUUUCCAGUUCAAGGCUUGUGACCUAUAAGAUAAUUUGCUCUGGCCCCACCAAUCAUUGUUCUGAGUGUAUGUUUUCAUUUCUCAGAGAAAUAUUGCCCAAUUGUCAGGCGUCAGUUAGCUUUUUGAAGUUGGCCAUGAAGUGAACCAUUUAUUAAGUGAACCAUUUAUUUAAAAAAAAAAAAUGCAUCAACCUCACUGUACGCAAGACUUGAACCCCCCUUUUUAUUAUUAUUUUUUAAAUUCUUGUGUCGUUAUAAGACAUACUACUUAACUGACGAAUAGGAAUGUUGGUUUGAAAAUCCAAAAACCCUAAACAAACUGAAAGCUCAGUAUGUUUGUUAAUUUCUUUGUCAUUAUAUGGCAGUAUUUGUGUCCAUGGUGAAGUUGACUUGUAUCCCGACAUACAGCCUGGUUUACAAACUAGGCUCUGAGGGAACCUGAGAGUAUCAACUAUUAGCGAGAGCUUCUUUUGUCUUUAUGACACAACACUCUCCAAGGAGAGGCAUUUAAUAGUCUCGUCAGGAUUAAUUGAAGGUAUCAAUGAGUAUUCAUCAUUGGUUUUAGCCUAUAUCCCAAUUGUUUUGCUACUUUUUUGUAUUCUCAUGUAUUUUUAUAUAUAAAUAAAAUGUUCUGUCAUUCACACUUUCUAUUAAAGUAAUAUUUUCAAAACCACCGCUGUCAGGAAAAACUCACCUGGCGGGCGUAGAUCGUUUGAUUUGGCCCAAAAGGUUCAGCCGAAAAUCAUUUUCAUCUGCAGCUCAGUCUCAGUUUAAAAAGGAAAAAAAAAAACGAGAGAAAUAGUUGCAAUUUGGCAAUGCCUCUUCUGUCAUCUCUACACAAAGACCCUGUUAAUAGUCUCUUUGUGCUUUGUCAAGAUUUAAUGUCAGCUAGCUUUCAAAGUGUUUUUUUUUUAAAGAUGGGAGAUAACUUCUUCCUUCCUAAAGAAAAGUGCUAAUGUGCCCCCUCACUGGGACAUUUGGUGUUACGUGUAUUGUAUUUGUUCUGUCUAUAAAAUAUGGUAAUACAAAUUAUUUGCUCUUCCCUUAUUGUCCGUAAAUAUGUUGCCGGUGCAAGUUGAACAUGUCCCCUUUCCCCUUGAUGUGAAAGUGUUCACCUUGAGGCACCAGUGAUUGUACUUUAAGUGUACCUAGUGACAUUUGGAUUUGGGAAAAUGCACCAUGUGUUUGGAGGUUCCAGUGUUCCAUCGUUUUAUCUUUGGCCUACAACAUAUGAAUGUGAAACCAUACCUUACAAAAAAUGAUGUGGACCAUGCAUACAAACACAAGAUAGUAGUACAGUAUGUGUGUAUUUAACAGUUCUCUUUUUGCAAAGCAGUCAGUACAGUAGAUGUUGCAAUUUUACCAGUAGAGGGCGGUAUUAUUAGAGCAUUUUUUUCCAUGACCAUAAGCGUCUCAGGCGUGGGGCAUAUUAUGCAGACUUAAUAAAACACUAAUAAUAAAGUUUUUAUUCUCA